AUGUAUUAUGACACGAACGGGAGCAAAGCUACCGAGGAGAACGCCGAUCUGCCCGUUCAAGCAUGGAAGAUCCAGGAACAGGGGCCACCAUUCGCCGAGUUGAAGAUACCAAAGGCUUACAACUACGUUGGCAAGAAGCCACCAGGACAAUUUGGCUGUAGUAGAUGCGGAAGAUCGUACAUGAGGAAGGAUUCGUUACAACGGCACGUUCAUUGGGAAUGCGGCAAGGAACCUCAGUUUCAAUGUCCGUUCUGUCCUCAGCGAUCCGAAGACCUGAGCAUCACUGGACUAAAGUGGGCGGCUGCUUGGCACAGAUGGAGCGUGCCUUCGAUCAUGUGGCGGUCCGGCGGAGGAUUGGGCAAAGGGCUUGGUUCUAGCUCCUCGAAUCCAGAAGGCUUCAAUUGUCCGGCCUGUGGCAGGGUAUACAAGCUGAAGAGUAGCCUGAGAAAUCAUCAGAAGUGGGAGUGUGGCAAAGAGCCUCAAUUCCAGUGUCCUCACUGUGUGUACAGAGCGAAGCAAAAGAUGCACAUCGCGCGGCAUAUGGAACGAAUGCACAAAGAGAAAAUUUACAAGCAGGAGCUCGUCUAA